UUAAAUAUAUGACUUGAUAUUAAAGGCCAGAAUUUAGCAGACUCUGGCAUAAAUAAGCGCUUAAUUCGAGCAUAAAUAUUAGAUCACGUGCUUGGCUAGGAGCCUCGGGGCAGUAAUGUCAUUUACAAGAGUAGUUGAGGCAAAUGUAUUGCAAGUUGAAAGGAUGCCUGAUCAAUUUAGUGGGAGGCUUAUUCGGGGUUGGGGGAAGAAUAAAAGAAAGCCCGGGGAUGCAGCUCUGUGGUAGCAUGCUUGCCCAGCCUUGAGGGUCCUGGUUCCACAAGUACCUGGCAAACGGGCUGUUUGAGAGCUUUGGGCUCACACGCAGAACCCAUCCGCGAUGAACGUCAGCCCCCUUUCGGGAAACUGCUCAAAAUGUCCACCACAAACGCCCACAAACGGGCUCUCUCCCAGUACCACAGUGGAAGCUCGCCAUAGGCAGUUUGUUUCCAGCGCCAAGGGACCCGGAAACCCUGAAGCGAGAUUGACACGAGCCUCGCCCAAUGGCAGAGCACACAAAGGCGGGCCUUCGCGUGCACGUCCAAUCGGUUAGCUCCCUGGAAGGCCAAGGCGGAAGCGGCCGCCAUGGAGGCGCUCGUGCAUCAUGUGGAGCGCUUCUCCGAGGUCCUGGCCGUGUCGUGUGGGCCGCUGGUGCGCUCCUGGGAUGCAACGACCGUGCGUAGGGCGCUGCAGUGGGCGCGCUAUCUGCUCCACGUGUACCGACGCUUCGCGGGCCGCGGCCGCGCGCGGGAGGCGCUAGAGAGGCGGAUCCAGUCGCUGGGCGGGCCGCCCGGGCUGCGCAGCUUCGCGGCGCUGGAGUUCGGGGACGCGCGCCUCGCCCUGCGCCUGCUGCGGAACCGCGCGCUCGCGCCCGCCGCCGCCCACGCGCUGCCGAGCCUGCUCUUCCCCGGGCCCGGCGCGGACAGCGAGGACGACGCGCCGCAGUCGCGCCUGGCGCUCGUGGCGCGCCGCGGGAGCGCGCUGCACCUGCUGCUCCGCCUCGGCGGGGACGCGCCCCGGCGCGCGCUACUGCGCACGCACGCGGAGCUCCUGUGCGCGCGCCUGCACGAACUGGGCGGCGCUGCCCCGGCGGCCGGGCGCGAGCUCCUCGAGACGUUGUGGGCCCGGGGGCCUCGGGAGCACGUGCUGAACGUGGCGGGCGAGGCGCUGCUGCGCGAUGUAGACCCGCAGCCCGCUCACGCCGCAGACUCUGCGGGUGCAAAAGAGACACAGGAACUGCUGCGGUGGCUUCUGGACAGCCCCGAGGUCUUGACCGCCUUCUGCCGCCAGCUGCCCGCUGUGCGCCUGGCCUCCUUGGCCGGCCGCCACCCCACGCUGUGUCGCGCCUACCUGGGCUUGCUCACAGUCUGGGCCACGCAGCUGCGCUAUGACCUGCAGAAGGGCUUCUGGGUCCCCACGCAGCCUGAGGACAUGCCCUGGGAGGAGUUGUGCCUCCGGCUGCAGAGCCUGUGCCAGGCCCCACCACCCCUGCAGGAAGAGGUACUGGAGACUGUGCGCACCAACAAGGCGCUGGAUGGAGACUUCGAGGUUCCCGGGAUGAGCAUCUGGACGGACCUACUGCUGACCCUGCCUGGUGGUGCUUAACUGAGUAUGGGAACAUGUGAGGUUCUUAAGUCCCAGGCCGAGCAUCUGGACAGACCCACCUCACAGGGAGGGAUAGAGGAAACAGCAGACAUCUCAGCCAAGCCUCCACACUCUGGUGUCCUGUUACUACCUGACUAUAUAUACAGUUUACAAAGUGUCAGCGUUUUCACCAAUGCCCUGUGCUACAUGGUCCCCAAACCUAAUUAUUUAGGUGCCAAGUUUAAGUGGUUCGUAACACAAGCACAAAUAUUCUUUGAGUUUUCUAGAUUCCGGAAAUAGUGUUAUUUCCCUUACGAUGGUGGGUCCAAGAUCUUGGCCAUGUUGGGCAAGUGCUUCACCACUGAGCUACAUACCUUCCCUUGGAAGAAUUCUUAAAGCCAUGGAAUUUUCAGCUUGUUUUGUAUAAAGCUAACUUGUAAGAAUACUAAAAAUAGAUACACCUUUUAAAGGAAAAACGAUUGACUUUUCUUGUUUACUGACUCUUUACUGGUGAAAAGCUUUGUUUAACCAGAAACACGAGGUAGAAUCAAAAUGUUAGUUUCAAAGCUGCCUAGCUAUAGUCAAAGUCUAGAUGUGCCUUCCUUAACCUGUUCGCCAGCCUUAAUGUGCAUCAAAGCUGUGUGUUCAGAAAGUUCUGUCCCUCGUUUGUAAAAGUCACUACUCUCAGAAGUCAACAUAACAGCGAAUUAUAGCAUUUCUUGACUGCACACAUAGUGUUUAGAGCUAGUAAGUAUCCUUUUGGGGAUUUCGAUUGGAUGGUAAAGAGAUCAAACUAGUAAGUUAAUGGCACUUGUGCCAUUAAUCAGGUUGAGUUGGCUCUUUUUCCUCAUAGUUGCUGGAUGGAGACUAUUUGGAGUGUUUGUGACUAAGAACCCAACUUACAUCUUCUAGAUUCUGACAGGAUUCCUUUGUGUAUUUACACAGGAGUGACAACUCAGCCACAUUCGUUAUAUUUUCAGCACUUUGGGACAUUUUCCUACUCAUUUUUUUUUUCUGGUCACUCUCAGCAAGGUAUACACGUUCCUUUUUCUCCUGGACCCUUGGCAGCAUUUAUUAUUAUUAUUAUUAUUUUUUUUUUUGUUUUUCGAGACAGGGUUUCUCGCAUUUAUUAUUUUUUAUGAAGCUAGUCAGUUUCCGAGUUCUGUUUUGAUGUUUUGGGGUCUCUGUUGCUGAAGUUAGCCUAGAACUCACUGUCUGCCCAUGCUAGCCUCAGAGUCCUGCAGUAUUCUCCUGCCUCAGCCUCCUCAAUGCUGAGUGUGAACCAAUACAUAUACCUGAAUUCUGUGUUUCCAUGGUUUUGAUAUUUUAAUAUUGUUGCAUCUCACUCAUAACUUAUUUUCUGUUUUAUUUUUGUUUGUUACAGGAGGAAACUAAGUUUCAUAUAGUAAAGGACAUCUUGAUUCUCUCACAGUUUUAUCACUUCCGUUUCAGAUGAUUUUGUGGGUUCCAAGAUUGUGUUUCCAUUUACUUAUUGGCUUUUGUUUAUUUAUUUUGAUUUUAGGAUUGUUUUGGGAAACACCUCAUGGUGUUAAACAUUUUAAUGUGUAUUUACAAAUGCAUGCCUGACACUAGGUUUCGAUCCUAAUACAUGAACUAGCUUUGUGGGAGCUUAGCCUGUUUGGAUGCUCACCUUCCUGGGCCUGGAUGGAAGUGGGAGGACCUUGGUCUUCCUGUAGGGCAGGGAAUUUG